UUAAAAGUAGUUCUAAGCUCCUUGAUAGACGUCGAUAGAUAACAACCGGUUCCGUCUUUUAUCAAUGUAUUCAAGGCAAACAAGCUGAGGCAAUAACGCGCCUGCUUUCAUCAUGGUUGACAUGACAAAAACCGUAACUGUCAAGUACUGCACGCUCUUUAUAAAAGACAAGGAAGCAGACAUUAAUCUAUCGUUGAUGAGAUUGUAACCAGAAAUUUCUAUGUGAGAACAUUUGGAAUCAUUUCAUAAUAUUCACAAGGAAGUAAGCGUAUCUAAUACAGGGAAGAAAAACAGCAACCUCGGCUAAUAACGGGAUAUGAAUCAUAAUCUAAGUCAAAGUGAAGUUUCGCAGAUGACUGGAAACAGAGAAAAGUACCAAAAGUUCUACAAGAGUUUUUACAAACACCGGCACUUUGCCAGGCGCUCCAACAUGUUUGGCAGACUGAUCUUCUUUUUAGUCGGCGUCUAUGCCGGGGUCGUGGCCAAUCAGAGGUACCAGAUCCCUGAGGCGCCUAUGCCUACUGAGCUUUGGGAGAAAGCAAAAGCAAUGGCAGAGCAGUACAAGAAAGAUAACCCUGAUGCAGCAGAGGGUACGUCUCAAGCCCCCCAAGAACUCUCACAAAUUAUGGACAGAUUGAAAGAGUUGGAAAAGACGUACAGAAAAGAUCCCAAGAAGAGUGAAUGAAGAGUGUGAAACAAAAAUCGGAGAGCAGGCCUAUUUAUACAUCACAGCAAUUCUUUCUUGGAAUGUGCUUGUGAUCUGCAAUGUCUCACACUCACUGAACCCUGAUCCCAAACUAUAUCGGGAUGAGGCAUUAGUGGGACCAGAUGUGCUUACUUAAAAAUGUUGUUUUGAUUUUGGACUAAUUUGACUAUUACCUGCAUACUCGAUACAACUUUAUACUGUUUAAGUAGGCCUUUAUAUGGACAGAAAUAUGAACUUUUCUUUCUGAAAACCACUGAAACAAGCACAUUCAAGCAAAAUAAUAUUUAUAUGAGAGGGGUUCAAAAGUCCAAGUGAAAAUAACUGAUGUACACGUUUAAGUUUAAGUCAACCUGACUUCUGGUCUUUUCUGGAACAUGAAGAUCAAGGACAAUUCUCAUUUGAUAAAAAGAUAUAUGAUAUUGAUAUAUUUUGAUUCAUUUGACUGACUUCGUAUACUGUGCCUAUUUUGCCUCAAAAUUUAAAUUUUUAAAAAAUCUCAAUUCUUUGGCCUAUCUUUCUUGAUUAAUUUUUUUUUAUAUUAUAAUUUUCGAGAGAGAGAAAUGACCAUUCAAGGAGGGCAGUCAGCGAGCUCAUAAUACCCAGGGUUCAGUGAGUUGAAUCUAUGGCUUUGGGUUUUUUUUCAUACAAACACAGGGCAGUGUGGAUGAUUAGUAGUAUGGAAGUGAUGUGAAAUAAUGGUAGUUAGUAUUAGUAUGACCACAAACAAAAUGAGGGAGACAUGUUCUUUAGAUCUCCGAUUUUGUGCCUUGUUGUUUGUUCUGUUUAUGUAGAUACCUGUAUUUUUAUCUUCGUUAAUCUAAGAUGGGAUUAUUAUUAUUUGAAGGAUGACAUACACAAAUUUGUACAUUUUCAUUAUGUUCCUAAUGCAGACACUGCCUUUCAGUAUGCUCAUUUCACAAGAUACAUGUACCCGGUAUACAACAAUACACACGAGUGAACGUGGCCCUCUGGAGUUUGAUAGCAUUAGAGUAUUACAUACUAUUAGAGAAUACAAAGUUGCACAAUUUAGAAUUCAAGGUGUACAUUCCACACUUAAGUUAUGCUGUCAAUUUUGAUAAAUUUCUCCUUGCGAAAUGUAUAAAGAUUGUCAAUGUCAUUGUCUUCAUACAGAUGGCAUCUUAAGUCAAGAGCUUUGAUAAGAGUUUUACUGCGCUCGCAACUGCAUAUGGUCAUAUAUAAGAGCGGACUGAUGGAGCCACGACCUGGAUCUGUCUUUUUUUUUUUUUUUUUAAAUUCCAAAUCAUUUGUACCUUCAUAAAAUGAGUUUCUGAUAUCUAUGAUACUUUGUCAUUAGGUCAUUUAUAAGGCAUACUUAUGAGUAUUGUUUUAAAUAUGAUAUCAAGAGGCUGAUAGUUGAUCUGUAUACUGCAAUCCAUCCAACUCAGCCCUUAAAAGUAAACCUAGAAGUAAAUUACUACCCUAAAAUCGCACUUCAAGGGCAAAUUUCUGCAGUCUAAUGGGCUUCUGCUAAGCAUGAAUACUACACAUGUACCCGGUAGAUACUUUCAAAAUAAUAAAUGGCUAUUUCAAAUUGCUGAGA